AUGCUGUUAGGCGUGCACACGGUGGCUGUGGGCUGGACGCUCGGCGAUGAUUGCUCGCUGGAAGUCUCGAUGUGCAACUCGCCGGACAUAGAUUUGUCUCUUCCUGUCGAAAAACGUCCAGCCACCGUUCGUUUCUUGCAGCCGUCAGUCGGUGGAGCCCUUCGUCUGCGGGAAAACAAGCAGUCAGUCGCCGCUGUAAGAGGAGUCACCGGAGGUGUGAGUUCGAACUCGCCGGGAUUGGGGUGUAAGGGAGGAAGAAAGCAACUGCUCGUGUGGAGGUCGUCCUCGGAAUCUGCUCAGCCACAGUGGCUCAGAAGUUGGCCGUGA